AUGGGUCGGGUUCGCGCGCCUCUCCACAUUCACCUCGUCCUCCUCCUCGCGCUCGUGUGCGCGGCGUCGCCCGCGGUCGCGCGCGGACCGUCCGCGGCCGCCCCGAGCGCGAUCCACCUCGAGGCGGACGGAUUCGAAGCCGCGCUGGCGACGAUCGAUCCGCGCACGCACGCGCUCGUGGAGCUGUACAUGCCCUGGUGCCCGGCGUGCCAGAACUUCCGGCCGUCCUACGACCGCGUCGCGGCGUUCUUCAACGGCGACGCGAAGGCGACGGGGAAGAAGAAGAAGAAGCGCCCGGAGCCGACGGUGACGGUGUUCAGCGUGGACUGUCAGAAGAACGGGCACCUGUGCGACGACUUCGACGUCAGAGGGUACCCCACGGUGCUCUUCGGGACCGUCGACGCGCUCAAGAACCGACGCCGCGCGGACGGGAAGGGUAAAGGAAAAGGAAAAGGAGGGGAGAAGAGGACGGGGGGAGGGAAGGAGGGCGAGGGCGACGGCGGCGGCGAGGGCGACGACGCCGACGAGAACGACGACGACGACGACGACGACGAAGUCCUUAAGGAACGGCGUUCACCACGCGAACGCGGUCGUAUGGGGACCAGUCACGACGACGACGCCGCCGGCGAAGGGAUGGAGGAACUGAAAAUAUCGCCCAGGACGGCGGAGCGCGUCGUCGAGCUCGUCGGCGAGCGCACCGGCGUCGCCGCGGGGACGCACGUGCUGCAGAAGCCGGACGCGAAGAAGAAGACGCGCGAGGGAGCGAGCGGCGGGGGCGGGAUGUUCGGCGGGAUGUUCGCGCCGCCGCAGGGCGAGGUCGUGUCCUUCGCGGACCUCGAGAUGGCCACGACGGAAGUCUACGCGCAGAUGACGUCCCCCGCCUUGUUCGUCGCGGACUCGCGCGCGGAGUUCCUCGCGUUCGUCGAGCUCCUCGCGGACGCGCACCCGAUCCGGGAGUGCGCCGACGGCGCGAGCGACGUCGCGGACGCGUUGGCGCGCGUCUGGCCGAAGGACGGCCACGUGGACGUCGCCGCCGCGCGAGAGGACCUGGCCUCGCGACACAUGUGCGGAGAUACGGCCGGGAACGAACCGCAUUGGGACACGUGUCUCGGGACCCAGGAAGGCACGCGAGGGUACACGUGCGGGGUGUGGCUGCUGUUGCACGCGCUCGCGGCGCGCGUCGGCGCGGACGCCGACGGCGUCGAGCUGACGGGCGACGCCGCGACCUACGCGGGCGAGCGGUGGAUGGCCGCGGUCGAGGGCUGGAUCACGCGUUUCUUCCCGUGCGACGAGUGCCGGAGUCACUUCUUAGAGAUGAUCGACGACGACGGCGAGAGCGUCCAGGGCGCGAGCGACGCGUUGCUGUGGUCGUGGAGAGCGCACAACCGGGUGAACGAGCGGCUCGCCGUCGCGCGGAGGAACGGCGAGGAGGACGGCUCGUCUGACCCCGAGCACCCGAAGCGGCAGUGGCCGACGACGAAGGACUGCGCGUCGUGUCACGUCGCGAGCGGGCUCUUGAGCGGCGGUUCAGGCGGCGACGACGACGAGGACGACGACGACGACCCGAGCUGGGACGAGGAGGAGACGCUCGCGUUUCUGUCGCGGUACUAUCGCGGCGACGGCGCCGCCGCGAAACCGAGGUCGGACGCGGACGCGGCAUCGACCGGUCCCCGAGGAGAAGGUGGAACGUCAACCGUCACCGUCACCGUCGCGACGCCCCCGCCGGUCGAUGCCAAGACCAAGGCGUCGAGGACCGCGCCGUCGACCGCGUCCGCGCGCGUGGAAGACCUCGGCGGCGAAAACGUCGGCGGGGUCGGGUCCGCGCUGCUUCUCGCCGUCGUCGCGUGCGGCGUCUUUCUCGCCCUCGGCGGCGGCGGUCGAUCAAACGCGCGGCACGCGUUCAACGGGUUCGUCGUCCGCACGCUCCCGGGGUCGUGCGCGUCGGCGAUUCGUUUAGGAGGGAAAGGGCGAGCGCGCGGCGGCGGCGGCGGACUGAACGGAGGAAACUCCUGA